AGUUGGAAAGUAAGUAGAAGUUGUAUAGAAAAACAGUAGUUGUUGUACGAUAAAUACCAAGGAAGUUCGAAAGCUCUUCAUGUAAGAAACCUCACACCAAUCCAAUUAAAAUCCAAUUAAAAUUCAAUUAUCCCAAUCCAACUCCAGAACGAACUAUCACUCUUUCUUAUUUAUUUCAAGAUCAAACCUUUAUCUUUUUUAUUUUAUUAUUCGAGAUAAAUUUAUUGCAAAUUGAAAGCUUUGCAAAUCGGAAUUUGAAGAUGAAGAUUACUGUAAUGACCUCCGAUGACAAGUUCAUCUCUUUAGAUGUCGACCCCGAUGAAGCUGUCGAAAAUGUCAAGGCUUUGCUUGAAGUGGAGAGUGGGGUGGUUCUGCAGCAGCAGCAGUUGAUGUACAAUGGGAAGGAGAUGAACAACCAUGAGAAGCUGAGUGGACUCGGUGUUUGCGAAGGCGAUUUGAUCAUGAUGCUUUCUAUUGCUGCUCCUCCUUCUCGUUCGUCUUCUAGUGACCUUACCCUCAAGCCUGAUGGGUCUGCUGCAAACCCUGGUGCUUUUCAGCAGCAAGUUCGCAGUGAUUCUAAUCUGAUGGCCCAGUUGUUUCAGAGUGAUCCUGAACUUGCACAAGCAAUAUCUGGGAAUGAUCUGAACAAGCUACAGGACAUUUUACGGCAGCGUCAUCAUCAAAAGGCAGCAUUGAGGCAAAAAGAAGAGGAGGACCUUGCUUUGCAUUAUGCAGACCCUUUCGAUGUGGAAGCACAGAAGAAGAUAGAAGCUUCCAUUCGCCAGAAAGGAAUUGACGAAAACUGGGCAGCAGCCAUCGAACACAACCCUGAAGCUUUCGCUAGAGUGGUCAUGUUGUACGUGGAUAUGGAAGUAAAUGGUGUCCCAAUAAAGGCAUUUGUUGACAGUGGAGCCCAAUCAACUAUAAUAUCUAAACGUUGUGCAGAGCGUUGUGGACUGUUGAGGCUGUUGGAUGAACGAUAUAAAGGUAUUGCUCGUGGAGUUGGUCAGAUGGAGAUAUUGGGUCGGAUACAUGCAGCUCACAUUAAGAUCGGGAAUGUCUUUUAUCCUUGUUCGUUUACAGUCCUCGAUUCAGACAACAUGGAAUUCCUCUUUGGUCUGGAUAUGCUUCGCAAACAUCAGUGCAUAAUUGAUUUGAAGGAUAAUACAUUAAAACUUGGUGGAGGAGAGGUUUCUGUGCCAUUUUUGCCGGAAAAGGAUAUCCCUUCUCAUUUUCUGGAUGAAGAUAGCUUUUCGAAGCAGGCUUCUGGUUCAGGAGCUCCGGUUUCAUCUGGAAUCAACGACAUUAGAAAUGUCCCAAGCCUUCCAACUGGAAGUCAAUCUUCUGGAGGUGCUGGUGGGAAUCCUGGUCAGAGUUCUGAGUUUGAAGCCAAAGUCUCAAAGCUCGUUGAGCUAGGAUUCGAAAGGAGUCAGGUCGUACAAGCUCUCCAGCUUUUCAACGGCAAUGAAGAACAAGCAGCAGGAUUUCUCUUUGGAGGCUGACUAGAGUUUAAUGCUCGUUUCUUCUAUUCAGGAUUUUGCUAUUACAGUGAUUUAAGACACAUUAAAUCAAUAUUAUACUUUUGUUAUUUCUAUUCGAAACAUGUUGAAAGUCGAUCGAGUAUGAAUUAUAACUUGUAUUAUAAACUUGUUCUAAUUAACUUCGCAUCUAGA